GGGGGCGGGACUUCCGGGGCGGAGCCCCAUCCUAUCGGCUGGCCGGUGGCGCGAGGCCCGCCCCCUGGGUUGCGGGUUGGCUGAGAGGGGAGUUUCCGGUGACCCGCUUCCGUCACUUGCUGCUGCGGCCUGUGGGGCGCCGGGGUCGGUGAAGGAUCUCAAGAUGGCUGGGCGAAAACUUGCUCUGAAAGCCAUCGACUGGGUAGCUUUUGGGGAGAUAAUACCCCGAAACCAGAAGGCCAUUGCUAACUCCCUGAAGUCCUGGAAUGAGACCCUCACCUCCAGGUUGGCUACUCUGCCCGAGAAGCCCCCUGCUAUUGACUGGGCUUACUACAAGGCCAAUAUAGCGAAGGCCGGCUUGGUAGACGACUUCGAGAAGAAGUUUAAUGCCCUGAAGGUCCCCGUGCCGGAGGAUAAAUACAGUGCCCUGGUGGAUGCUGAAGAAAAGGAAGAUGUGAAGAGCUGUGCCGAGUUUCUGUCUCUCUCCAAGACCAGGAUCGAGCAGUACGAGAAGGAGCUGGAGAAGAUGAGGAACAUAAUUCCAUUUGAUCAGAUGACCAUAGAGGAUUUGAAUGAAGUCUUCCCAGAAACCAAACUGGACAAAAAGAAGUAUCCCUACUGGCCUCACAAGCCAAUUGAGAAUUUAUAAACUUCAGUCUGGGAGAAGGCUCUGGCCUCUGUAUCAUAAACUGUGGACAUUAAAAAUAAUUACGUAAUGC